AUGUCCAGGUCGGCCACGACAUUCCCGGUGCCCGUGAUCUCUUUUCGCAAAGACCGCAGUAAAACUGAGGUCGGCCGGCUGGAGCGCGCUUUGAAAGAACGCAACGGCAUCGAAACAGAGCGACGACGAGCAGAGUCAAAGCUGAAAGUCCUGGAGACCCAGCGAGACGUAGACAUUCAGACACUUCAAGAUCACCAAGAGGAAAUCCGUGGACUAAAGCUGCAGCUGUCGGCCAGGGUCGAACAGGAGAAUCUUGUGCAGAGCGCACAUACCAAGCCGAACAAAGAGUCCAGCACCGGCGUGGCUGUCUGGCAGAAAGCCAGAGUCUUCGAGGAAAGGAUCGGAAAAAGUGAGGCGAAGCAGGCCACCAAGACGAACCUGGAGGACCCGAAGCCGACGAGGAGAUCCUUCCCUGUUUGGUUCAUUCGGCAGGAAUGCAGAGCGUCGCCGCGAAGCCCCAACUCCCAAAUGCGGGAGAAACUGGCAAAGGCGAGGAGCAGAAUCGAGAGGCUCGCAGAGGCGGUGACGGGCGCGUUUCAGAUCUGCACACCUGCGCACCUGCGCGCCCCGCCUGAGGCGAAGGAUGCGGAACCGGAGACCGAGCCAAAGCCUGAAGCUGAGUGUCAGGGAGGAGCCCAAUUUUAA